AAGCGGGAGGGCGGGGGAAGGGAGAAGGGACAGAGCAUGGGUUGCGGCGACAUACGUGUGGAUGUUGCAGCAGGGUAACGCAGCAAUCUACCGAGUAGGGAGGAGGAGAAAAAAUUCUAAAGAUUCUGACCAAUAAGGAGCAGCUUUGCCUUUUGCACAUGUUCGAUGUCGUCACUGAGAAACCACUAUCACACUCCCUCGUGUCACGUCCCUAACAGAAAAUGGAUAAGCACAAGCUGGGAAUCCGAACUGAUGCGGCAACAUCAACAUUAAAGCAACUUGAUGGAGAAAACUAGAGGAAUCCCUUUAAGAUGACACGCACAGACCCACCUGACAUACUGGUAUCAACGGUGCAUCAAGACAUAAAAGUGAUCCCCAUUUCUUCACUCUAUAAGUCCUUACAAUCUUCCAAACAAUGUGAUAGUAUAGAUUCCAACACACUGGAGGACGGUAAAAGCAAAGACAAUAAGAGACACUGCCGUACCUUUGACUACAAGUCACUGGAGUACCCCAAAUCACACAAAUAUCCUAUGGAUUCUCCAUACAGGAAAGGAGAUAGGCAGGCAUCCAACCAAGAUGUUGCCUGGAAUGUGUUGGGCCACCGGCAGAGGUACCGUUUUUCUGCUCCUGACAUUUUUAGUCACAGGUUGAUUCCUCAGCCAGUGACUACAGAUAUGGCCAGUGAGGUAACUGUCCCUGAACAAAAACGAAGGACCAGGUCAAAAAGUGCGCCUCGAGUCCAGACAACUUUCACUGCCGUGUCUCUUGAAGGAUCAUCAUCUUCAGGAAGGAAGGGCAGAGAGUUCCAAAGGGAUUACAGAGACUCCCGUCGGAGACCAGAAGUAUCACCACAUAGGGAACCCUCCUAUGCAGCAACCAGGGCUCAUAUGCAAGAAGUACAUCCCAUUAAGUUGCAGCCACAAAUGGGUGACAGUAGUCGAUAUUCUCCUCACUACACUGCUGAUAAUUUUGAGGAUGAAGGUCUGGAUAAACCAGCAACUAGCCCUCAUGUCAGGUGUCGGGUUGACAUCAAGCCUGAUGAUGCAACAUUACAUCAUUCAGGACGGAAAAAUGCCACACCUCAAAUGGACAUACCCUGGCAGAGACACCACAGUGCAGGGACUAGGAGCCUGACUGUGCCACGCCAUUUCUCAUAUUCUAGAACGCCUACUCCCACUGACUCAUUUGUUACAGAAAGUAGACAAAGUUAUCAAUAUUCCCGUAGCAUGCCAAGUAGUUAUUUACAACCUAUGGAGAUUUCCUUGCAGAGGAUGCCUUCAUCAGGUGAUUUCUAUGGCAGAGAACGCAGAGCUCACUCUAGUCCUAAUGUGCCAACAAAGUUCUUUUAUGCAGAUGACCCAGGGGGAUAUGUUACUACUGCUCCUCCUCAACCAAGUUCUUACUUUCAUGAUGAACGUUACACACCUGGACAAGCAUAUACUCCAAAAGUCCAAUUUGUGCAAGAUCCAAGAACUCGAAUAGUGCAUGCUGUAGCUACAAGACCACAUUAUUCUGAAAUGGAGCCCUAUUCAUACUCUGUGAAGACAGGGUAUCCCAAAUCCUAUGCAGCAACUGAACCAUGGCCAUAUAUCAUACAGACACCUCCAACAAGAAUAUUUUAUGGGGAUGAUCCAAGGUCUUAUCAAAUUCAGACUGCUCCACCUAGGUUUUAUUAUUCCAGUGAGAUGUAUGCAAUGCCACCAGAGCACCAUGUCCCAGCUAGGGCAUAUUACACUGAAGGCAGAAGACAUGCUAGAGUAAUGCAUUCACAAACAGAUGACUGGUAUGGCUCAGAUGCAUCUGGUUAUACCACCAAUCCUCCCUCUCAUGCAUCUCAAGUCACUCCAACAAGAGUACAACAAGAGCCUGCACUGACUCCAUGGUAUACCAACCCAUGUGUUGAACCUCAAAGAUUUGGUACAGAUUCCAAAUCUUACUCAAGGUCUUGGGACAAUAUUCUGAACUCACGUGUGGAAAGAGAACAACCUCUUCCUGUACAGCGAGGUCAGAGUUAUGAUGAUCUUCUUGACUCCAGAAAGCCUGAGAGAUCUGCUGGUGAAAAGCCACAACCAGUGGUUGUUAAUCUCUCUAGUUCACCAAGACGCUAUGCAGCCUUGUCAAUGUCUGACAACUCACUGAUUGACAAAAGCCCAACAGAGAUCUCAAAGAGCAGCACCAGUAAACUCUGGUUUGUCACCCCUGAAAUAACAAUCACAGAUAAUGACAUUCGAUCAGGUAGCCUUAAUAAGGCUGAAGGACGAUCUGCCAGUUGGGACAUUCUUGAUACCAGAAGCACAGAGAGUCCAGAAAUGAUUCAUCGGGACUUUGAAAGCUCAGCCAAAGAGAAGACACAUGACAAUGCUUCACUUCAGCAAAGUCUUGAACAACUUGAUGAACUUCUGGCUGAUCUUGUGACUGACUAUAAGCCACCCAGCAGAAGGGCAAGUGAAGACAUUCUGGACCAACUAAAGAAGUUAAUUGAUGAGGAAGAAGCAGUGUCUUUGUCCAGAAAGAGUUCAAAGACAGGCACAGAAGAAGCAGCUCCUCUGGACAAACAGCCCACCUCGAUCCGAAUGAAUCCUGAUGCUUUUCGAGAUAUAGAUGGGGCAAGUGAUGUAAUGAAGAGUGCAGACGAGUGUUCCCCUGAUCAGAGCCCAGAUGAGGAUGACACAAUGAUGUGCUCUAACAACAAAUGCCGGAGGACAGAAACCCUAUUCAAUGCCUGCCUUUAUUUUAAAUCCUGCCAUAGCUGUUACACCUAUUACUGCUCUCGAAAUUGUCGCAGGGAGGACUGGGAUAUUCAUAAAGAAAGCUGCCUGUAUGGAAGAAUUGGUAGCACUUGCCGUCAUAUCAUCAAACACUGUCGGGAGACUGUUGAAGUCCACAAAGCCUUCUCCCGUAUUGCCAAAGUUGGCUACCUUUCUCGAGGUAGAGGAGUUCUCUUCCUUGGUUUUCCUAACCCUUUGUCAUCUAGUAACUUCUUGCAGUAUGGUCUGGAUAGUUUACUUAUGUCUCCUACAUAUUUGUCCCUUCGAGAGCUUGAAAGCUUCAAAGACAAUCUAGGGGAGUACUGUAAAGAACUGCAGGAAGCUGGUAAAGAGUAUGACCCAAACGAAUGUUUCAUCUUAAAUGUAUCCAUUGCUGUAGGUGAGCAGUUGCCUGAAGGGCCAUCACCAAGGAACCAAGCUCCAACUGUCAGAAAAUAUGCAAAAGUAGCAUUGGCUUCAUUUAGCCCAGAGAGAAAGGUUCACAAGCAAGAGAGUGACAUGGAAACACUGAUCCUUACUCCACCCCCAGGAACAGCAGAUCUCGACAAAGAGGGAGAGGAAGGCCGGAAGGCCAGAGAAAUUUGUUUCAUUAAUAUACAACGAGAGUUAAGGAUUCGAGGGGUUUUCUUACGCCACGAAUAUCCACAAGUGUAUCAGCAGCUCUGUGAGUUUGUGGAAAGUAACAGAAGAUUCACUCCUACAACAAUCUAUCCUAUUGAUAAGAGGACCGGUAAACAGUUUAUGUGCAUGAUUAUGGCUGCUUCAGAGCCCAGGACGUUGGAUUGGAUAGGCACCCCACAUCUUCUUGAUGACAUUAUUUAAGUGCACCUUUAGUUGUAAAUAUAUAUGUAUAGAAAUACAUAUAUAUUGUUAUACAUAUUUAUAUAUCCACUCAAUAACAAAACAUUUGUAGAUAACUAUUUUGUUAUCAAAAUAAUAUAUAUAUUCAUGUUUACUUCGUCAGUAUUAAUCUUUAUCAGAAUACUUCCUGUCAGGUGCAGAAUGAGUAAAAUACAUUUUUUACAUUUUUUUAACAUACCUUUUAUCAGCCACACUUAAUUUAAAUAAAAUUAAAUUAUUCAUAUGCUGAUCAUUUAUGAUACAUUUUCUUUUGCUAAGGUGUGCACAAAGGAAAAUUCUGGUGUUUUCAUUUUAUUUAAAUUAACAAGUUCUGUAUAUUCUUUGAAUUAUAGCCUCUUUAAAUGAUUGUCCGUUUCUGUGAGUGAAUACCUUAUGACUAUGUCACUUAAAUGGUAUACCAUGCUGAAAAAAUGAAAUUUAUUUAUAAUUUUCGUAACUAUAUAACUUUCCUAUGCAAAGUUAUUUCACGAAUUAACUACAGAAAUUGUAGUUUCUCUUAUUAUAUUAUAUCAUAUUAUAUUAUAUUAUAUGUAAAAAAAAAAAUAGCUGCAACUGAGCUAAAAUAUUACAAUUUUUAAUGGAAGCAUAAAUACUCAUAAUAAGACAACUCUGAAGUGACAUUUAAAACAAAAACUGAUGCAUGUAUGCUGCUUUGGUAGGAAUACUACACUUACAAAAACACUAUUUUCCUCUUUCCCGAGACAGUACUUUGGAGAGUGGCUCAAUUCAGUAGUUGUUCAUGGCUGCUCUGCAAAAUCAGCUGAGCAGUAUUGGGCUUGAGGUACAUUUUAAUGGUUAUUCGAAUGGUGCCAGCUAUCAGCCACACUGUAUGUGUUGGCCUGUACUGUUUAGUUUUAAGCACUGUGAAUAGUGAGUGUUAUCUACUACAACAAAAAUAAGCAAACAAAACCAUGCACAUACAAAAUGGUCUGAUAUCGAUAAAUUAUGUAUUUUUUAGAUAUAUUAAUAAAUGAAACUAUAUGAGUAAACAGCAGGAGCAGGUUAUUGUUCUUAGAGCAAGGUGAGCCAGAGUAGUAGCUAUAUGGUACAUACAUGUUUAAAGGAGACAAUAGCUGUGUAUUUGUGCUGCACUAGUUUUAAUUCAUCUGUGUCUUACACCCUCCUAUUUUGGUUUUAGCAAACUGGAAUAAUUGCAUAUUACUCAUUGUUUUCAGAAGUUUUAGAAAUAUUUCUUAAUGAAACCAUUUCACAUAGAAAGUGGCUUGUGCACUGAUUGCUAGGUUGAGCGAAUGGCUCAAAAUUUGUGCUGUGCUGUGCUUGGGUCUGUACUACAAAAUUAUUAUUUUGCAACCACUUGUGAUCUUUGUGUAUUAUGUAACCAUUCCCCAUCAUUCUGUGUUUUCUGUUGGUUGUACAAAUUUACAUUACACCGCAUGCAGAAGUGCUCCACAGCUGCCAUGCUUGCACUGCACUUUGCUUGACGCAAUGGUAAUCUGUUCUUGCACGAUGCAAGCUAUAGAAAAGAAUGCGUUCCAGAGCGCAAAGGUGCCAUUAUCACCUGGUAUGUGAAAGACACUUCAACCAUGUUGGUUCAUUAUUUGUAAGUGUAGAACAUUUCUCGACUUUGUUUUUGUAGUAUCUUAAAUCUCAAAUGCCUGCCAGCACAGUGAUUACAUUUUUUAAAUCAGUUUUAAAGAAUCAGUCAUAUGUUGCAGCAAUUUGAAAAUUGUUCAGCCAAGCCCUUUUUUGACCCAUGUAUUUGCAAAAGUCAUGACUUUGUCAGUUAGCUAGUGCUCAAAAGUCAGUCCAGCCUUUAAUUAUUCCUUGACAUUUCAAUUUUUCCCUUGUGAUAUCACCUUUCCUUACAUUUUGUAAUACAAAGUACAAUGAAACUUGAAGCACAUAUAUUCGAAAGUCAAUUUUAUUUAUAGGAUGUGCUGUAUAGAUUCAGUGAAAAGUUGCUGGCUGCAUGUGAUUCUGUUUUCUAUGCUCUGAUAUCAUUUUAAAAUGACAUAAAUGAUAGUAACUUGCUUGAUGAAUGGAUUUGUCAAAACUAUCCUAAGAAAAAUAGGAAUUUUCCAUUUUUGUCAUUUAAGUUAAAAUAAUAUAUUAAAGCAAUGAAGAAGAGACCUCACUAAAAAGUCUAGAAAACUCUGUAGUCUUGUAUUUUUUAUACUUUCAAUGUGAGUGUCUGAGUGUGUCAAUUUAUAAAUCAUAUAUAAUAAAUGGAAUGGGAACUGCUGUCUAGCUGUUCUUGUGAUUAUUAUAAUAUUAUUUUAGAUUCCCAGUAAAGCACUUUGUAACAGAUUCCUGUCUUAAAAAGUGCUAUAUAAAUAAAUUUCACUUACUUACCUGCUAUGUUUAGCAAGGUCAGACUGUAAAGUUCUUAAUUUUUCUUCAAAAGAGGGAUACAUAUACACGCACAAUACUGUGCAAAAGUUUUGACCCCUUGUUACUUUAUAUUUUUCUUCCAAGAAGCCAUCAGAAAAAUCUACUAGUUGGUCAAUCUGAAUGGUCUCAGUGGGAAAGGUGGCUGCCAAGAAGCCAUUCUUAAAGAAGGGAAACAGGGAGAAAUUCCUGAUGUAAGAACUGAACUGAAAAUCAGAGGCAACAGGUGUGAUAGAGUGAUGCAUCCAAAUUUGAUAUCUUUUCAAUUCAAUUUUAUUUAUAUAGCGCCAAAUCACAACAGAAGUCGCCUCAAGGCGCUUUAUAUUGUACAGUAGAUCGCAAAAUAAUACAUACAAUCUUUGGCUCCAAUCAUCCUCAAAGUGGACAUCCCAGCAAAUCCACCCUGUCAGAUCAUGCAAAACUCAGUGAAACUGCAAAAAAUGGGAUGUCUAAUUAGCAAUUAGCUUACUUUCUUUUUUUUAAAGAGUUGAUCUACGUUCCUGCCUACAAUACAGCAGUGCAAAAUUCUGAAACCAAGCCUCAUUUUUUAUAUUUAGCUGGGAAAAUAGGAAAUGGGUGCAGUGAUUUAUUGAAAUGUGCAAACAUACAUGGAAAUACAAUAUAAAAACCAAACUCUUUAUUCUUCAACAAAGCCUGGAGUGUCUUAGGUGAGCUCUUGUAAUGUCUUUCAUUUUUUUCAGGAUUAUUUCUCCAGACUUCUUGAAGGCACUCCAAAGCGCUUCUUUGGCUUCUGGCUCUCUUUUGAUCUGUUCUCUCUUGUGUUUUUUUUUGUUUUGUUUUUUUUUUAAAUAAUAUCCUGUCCUGUCUGACAGCUUUUGCAAUCAGAAUAUAGAAACAAAUAGAAAUGCACACACUUUUUUGUUGUUAUGUUUCAACGUUAUGUUAACGUUAACGCAUUAAUGCGGAUUAAUCUGUCAUCACCAUUGACACAGUUAAAAUUUUUAACUAAAUUAACCCAUCUGGAGCGCAGAAUGACUCAAAAUCUCUGAAAUGUAUCUGUCAAUGGGCAGUUUGUCCAAAGUUUGUCCAUUCUGCGCUGCAGAUUGGUUAAAUACGUUAAAAAUUUUAAUUGAGUUAAUCGUGAUGACGCAUUAGUGCAUUAAUGCUGAUAGCCCUAGUUUCAAUAUCGUCUUUUUCUCUACCCAGGUAUGCUUCUAGUGCAUUCACACUGUGUUUGGGAUCACUGUCAUGCUGAAAAAUUUCAAUCAAAUACUUUCCAGAUCAUAUUGCAUGGUGGAUCAAAAUCUAACAGGACCUUUCUAAGUUCAUAAUUGAUUACCUUUGAUAAAACCCCCAACACCACUGGCUAAAAAUGCAGGCCAACUAUGACAGAGCUUCCAUCUACUGUGUUCUACAGAUCAUUAUAUAUCCUCAUUAUUGUCAUACAUACCAACAAUGAUUUGGAACAAAAGAUCAAAUGUGAAAUCAUAACUCCAUACAGUCUGUUGCCACUGGUCUUCAGUCUAUUUCUUGUGUAAUUUGGCAUAACACAGCCUUUUCUCCCCCAUUUCCCUUCUGGACAGCUACGCUUCCACUGAGACCAUUUCUGAUGAAGCUUUAUCAAGCAGUAGAUGCAUCAACUAGCCCCAUCUCAGGUCUUUAUUGGGUUAUUUUCUCUUUCUUAAGGAGAUGAUUUUCAUACUCUGUUCAUCUGCUGUAGAUCAUAGGCCUGCCACUUCUUUUGUGCCCAAAAUAAUGAGAUUAUAAAAGAGAUCUCAGCUGGCUUGGAAAUGCAUUGAUGACACAGCUAGAGCCAAAUGGUGAAUAUCACAGGUGGGGAGAGGGAGCUCUGGAUAUCGCUGCUUAAACUGCUGCCACCACAUUCCAGAUCUGGAUAAGUGGCAGAAAAUGGAUGGAUGAAUAGACUUCUGAAGCUUUUUCUCCAUUUUCAUUUUUAAGUAAAGAGAAUUUCUAAAAUCUCCACAACAAAAAACGAAACAAUACAUUGCGUUACUUCUACUUGUUAGUUUAGUGCUUUCCCCUCCUCUUUCUGACUUCUUUCCUUUGUUUUGUAUCGUCUUUCGGAACCUCUCUCUGAUGAAACCUCAGAUGAUAAAGAAAAGAUGACCUUCAUCAGUCCAUGCAUGCCCAACAAUCAAUAAAUCGUUGAAUAUCUUUACAUGUGGACUUGUGUGUCUGCUGUGCAUGUGUUUAAACUGUCUAAUGCCAUUGUAAGAUUGUAAUGCAGUGGUGUAAAAUUGUUUACGCUUUCUUCUUUUGGCUGGGCAUUAAGCUGCUAGGCACAGCACCUUCUCUGACUAGUGGCAGUCUGACAAGUCUGCAGAGCUUCAGAUUAGUGCCACACACCAGUGCACUGUGGGCACAGUCAAUGCAAGUACUCUAGAAAACCCACCAGAGAAUGUGAAUGAGUCCGCACUGAAUUUAGGCCAUGUGUUAGAGAAUGAAUAACAAAGGCAUAAGAGCACUGACUCAGAGAGCUCAUCAUGCUGUGGUUUAAGAAAACAGGAAUCAGGUAAAACACUGCAAAGUUUAAACAUUUUCAUCCACUGCUGGUGUUUAUCAGCAGAUAUCUACAACUGUCAUACAAACCAUGUGACCAAAACCAUUAAACAAAAUAAAUUUCAUUUCAGCUCAUUUUACCAAACCCCUCUUGACUUCAUCAGCAACAUGAGUCACCAUGGCAAUAACAAGCAAGUCCCAGCUGUGUUCAAGUUGUAAGUCCCACACAAAUGUGACAAAAAAUGGUCACAUUUUUGUUUUAGUGUCUGCUACUUUCAGGUUUUCCUCAUUUCAGCUUCAUAUUUUUUAUUCUUGGACACUACUAAAGUAGCAUUGCAUUAUUCCAUAUCAAAAUAAUCAAGUGGUAUAAAUUAGCAAAACAGGGAAACUGAUGAAACACAAGAUGGGAUAAAAUAAAAGGAGGUAUUAAACAAUAUGACAUGGACUAAAACUCAUAACUGGAAUAACAAAAAUGUCCCAAUAGGAACCAGCACAAAAACAAAACCCUUGUUAGAGCUAAAGCUUAAGAUUACUAAAAUGAUAAUAAAAUUUAGCAAUUGUCUAAUACUAAACAUUACAACACAAACCCCGGACUGGAAAUUCAUGGCCAUUGGCCACCUCCACAACCUAUUCUCUGUUUGCAUACGUAAAUGGUAAAUGGACUGGUUCCUAUAUAACGUGUUUACCCGAGCAUUCAUUUCUACUGAAUAUUUACACUCCAGUGAAUGCAUCGGGGUUAGUAUCUUGCCCAAGGAUAUUUGGCAUGCAGAAUGGAGCAGCCAGGAAUUGAACUACUACCCUUUUGAUUAGCCAGAUAACCUGUGCUACCUCCUGAGCUACAGCCACCCCAACAAUACACCUUCCUGAUUUGCCAGUUAGUGUUGUUAUUAAAUAAUUGAAACAUACUAUAAGAGACACAGUACUCUUCAAAUCUAUUUUAAAUAAAUGGACGAGUAGUCUUUUGAAGUUUUACUGAACUAAGAUAAAGAUAAAGUCAUCCAUUCACACACAAAUUCAUACGGUAUUUUAGUCUUUACACUUUAAGGCUUUUUUUCUUUUUCUUUUUUUUUUUUUAAAUUCAUCACCUGCGCAUUCAAACUCUGAGGUAUACAUAGGGGGGUAAAUUGGUGUUCUGUGCUUUUUCCCCAUGAACACUUCAAUAUAUUACUGGAGAAGCAGAGGAUCAAACCGCUGACCUUAUGUUUAGUAGAUGGCCGACUUAUCCACAGUAAUUCACAGCUGUUCCAGAAAUUCUAGCAGGGUAAAAUCUCCUGAUGUGCAACACAUUUUUAGUGACCUGCUGCCACCUUUACAGUAACUGCUGCAGUCUUACUAUUAUUGUUAAUUGCUGAUAAAAUGUAAAUGUUAAGAAACAUUUCUAUGUCAAUGUGUGGGUUUUUUUUAGCUCUGCGGAGGAGGGACAGGGCAGUGGAUUCAGGGGGAGGCUGCCCGACACAGUUGGCAGUCAACACUCUAAUUACGUCUUCCCUAUUUAAGCAGCACCUUGAGACCCAGAGGAGAAGGAAGAAGAGCUGUGUGUGGUGUGCUGGGCAGCAGAAGGCAGUUUAAAACCUUCGCACAGGCCCUGCUGAGAAUGUAUGCAGGCAGGAGUUUGGCUUUAUUUUGAUGGGCACGCCAUGCAGCCAAUCACAUGCAAAGACAGACUCUACCAUUAUGUGAAAAAAGGAAGGGGGCAGACGUCACGCCACGUAAACAGAGGGGCGCUGGAUUUAAAUGCAAGCUAAAAGAGUGGGUAAACAGAUACCGCAAAAGGAUGUAAACAGAAAACGCGGGUCCCGGACAUGCUGUCACGUGUUGAAGUCGACAUCUCACCGAAAAUGCAGAUUUCGUCACUCUGACCAAAAUUCUGUGAACCAGCAGCAAAAGAAGACCUAAACUACACUUCACUUUUGAAAAAAAAUGUGAUGAAUUCCUUCUUACUUUUAAUCGAAACUUCCUGGACAGCUCUAUCUCUCAGUGUGCUUCGGGACCGCCUUCCCAUCAAAAAUCUCUGCUUUCUUUCGCUUGCUUGUCACGCACCGUUGUGUAGUGUUGUCGACCGCUGCUUUUUCAAUACCGAAGAAGUUUCAACUUUCACAAAACCUGACAAAUUAUAAAACGCUUAGCUAUGUCUCUAAUAAAACCUCUGUAACUUUGUGAAAAACAGAAAAGUUCAUUUUUUUACUUUCUACUAUAAAAAUCUAAAGUUAAUCUUGAAAAAACGUUGAGCAGCCAGAACUUUUUCUGUAAUUUUACACAUUUAAUUCUUACCAUUUUAAGUCCAAAUAGUCGUGCUGACAGCAGCUUUUUCUUUGUCAUACAGGAAAACAGUUAAAUAUGCAACUUCUUUACACUGACAGAAACGGGAUCCUUGGUCCGGUCCGCUUCAGAUCAAAGUGGGCUGUAUGUGGCGCACGAUGUAAAAUCAGUUUGACACCCCUGGUUUAAAGCCACAUAUUGUAUUACACCAUACCAAAAUUAUCUGUGAUAUAAUAAAGCACUACAAAAUUAUAAAGAAUAAUGAUAAUAUUAAUUAAUAUCUAAUAUUGUCAAUUGUAAUCACUUAAAAUGGUGUGUUGUAAUGUUGUAAUUUUAGUUUUUACUGAGAAGUUAUUUUUAUAUACCUAUUUCUUAAAAAAAAUGACAUUACAUGGCUACACACCUUAAUUAAACAUGAUUGAAUGUGAACUCUGUGCAUAAUGGUAGAGAAUAUGAGUUAUAAUCAAAGAUUUGACAACUGCAAAAAAUAAAUAAAAAUAUACUUAAAUUCAAGAUCUCAUCUAUCAGCAGGUUCCAGGGAAAAGUGGAGUUUUAAUGUACUGGUGUCUUUAGCAUCUGAGAAUAACAGCAAGCCAUUGUCUACCACUAUGCAGGAAAUUGAAAAGAUGGGUUUUUGACUACACCAACUCAAUCUUCUUCACCACCUGCCCUACCUCUGAAAAUUUGUCUCCCUGCAAAUUUGUUCAUUUUCUCCAAAUUGAAAAUCAAGUUUAAAGGUUGCUGGAUGAGAUCAUUGCAGAGGCAAAAAAACCCCCCAAAAUGUAACCAUGCUGGGAAGCAAAAGUGACAUAGUCUUGAAGGGGACACUGAUCAAUUUUGAACCAGAUUAUCUUCGGGUUAAUUCCAGUAACUUUCUGAUCAUAUAGCUUGUUCCCUAAGGCCUCAGUAUGUACCAACAGAAUGUCAAGCCCUCACUGAUAAUAACUACCUCAAUCACAUAUAGACUCUGGAGAGCACAGCUGAAUUUUAUUAUAGGAUCUACCUUACAAUAUAAAGCAACUGUUGUUGUGAUUUGGCGCUGUAUAAAUAAAAUUGAAUUAAAUUGAAUUGAGCUAAUCAUCUCUAUCAUUUAGGAAGUGAGUUCAGCUGUGAAGAUGUACAACAGGUCCAUCCUACCAGAACUUCAAAGUGUUUAAACUUGACCUCUCUGCUCAAAGGCUCACAAAUUCAGCUAAACUACAGCUAUUUCAUGUAUCUCAAUUUUUCUGCUGAUACUGGUGUCCUGAUGUGCAAUUUUACUGAUGUUCAUAUUUCCAUUUUGAACAAUUAAUCAAAUGAUCAUUUUACUACAGGUCACAUACACUGCUGUCAAAAACUCAAACUCAAUUGUGAAGAACAUUCUUCUUGCACUUGACUCUCACCAUCAGCUAAGUAACACUGAUCUAAAUCGGUUUCCCUUCAUCCUGCAGUAUUAAAUAUCAAAAUUUUAGGAAAUUGCUCUGGUAUUUCAUUAAGUGCUGCAGUGGUGAGUGUGUCAACAGGGCUGGCAACUGUGUUCCGGGGUCCUCCCUGAGGCGGAGUCAGGCAAUCUCCCGCACCUGGGACUAAUCAGCUGCAAUGUGGAGGCUGCAUUUAAACCCGGCCUGGGCAACUCUCCUUCACCAGUCCGUCAGCUACUCAUGGUGAUAACAGGAUGCUUAUCUCUGUGUCUCCUGUGGUUCAACGUUGGCCUUACCUGUGUUCUCCUUGUGCUCGCAGCUAGCUUCAAUACUCACUCUGUUGGAAGCCUCCAGCUGGGAAACCUCAUCAUUUGCAACAGAUCCUGCUCAGUCCUUCACUCUCUCUGCCUGCCGUCUGCUUCAAGGUACUGGACUCACAGAUCGGACUUCUUUCCCUGUCACAAAACCACUCACUCGGAUCAGCACUCCUCCCCAAAACUGAACCGUCUCUUUGUACGAGUAAGCAGCAACACCUACUGAUUAACUCUUCGGUCUCCCUGCCUUGGUUUCCUUCACUUACUCUGCUCUCCCUGUAUCCUAGAGAGAGACUCUGUGCUCCCCGCCCUGGAAAAACCUGUCCUUUGUGCUUUCCCCACGUCCCCAGUGUUUCCGGAGAAACUUCCUGAUGCCCUGCACAUUCCCCUUUGAACAUAGAUUCUUGUAAAUAGUUGUCACCAGAUUAGGUUGAGGGGUUUAGGUGUUGUUAUUCACUGCCAUCAAUAAAUAAAUCACUUGUGUAAUCAUUGCUGAGUUCACUCUGUCUGCUUCUAGGACCUCCCGUUUCGUGCCAGCCUCUGGGCCGAU